AAGCGACGCAGGGCGGGGCCCGGCGGCGGCGGAGCGGGGCUGCCAUGGCGGGCGGCGUGAGUUCGGAGCUGUCGGAGCAGAUCGAGGCUUUCGUGUCGCGGCUGCGCGGCGGCGGCGGGGAGCGGGCGCGCUCCGAGGACACGGCGCGGCAGACGCUGUCGCUGCUGCGGAAGAUCGUGGCGCACGGGCGAUGGAGCCGGGCCGGGGAGCUCAUGGAUCUGAUCCGGACAGAGGGACAGCGGAUGGCGGCAGCCCAACCGUCCGAGACAACCGUGGGCAACAUGGUGCGGCGAGUGCUGAAGGUCAUUCGGGAAGAGUACGGCAGGCUCCAUGGGCGCAGUGAGGAGAGCGACCAGCAAGAAUCCCUGCACAAACUCCUGACUUCUGGAGGAAUGAGCGAGGAUUUCAGCACACCUUAUCCUCCUCUCAGAGCUAAUGUUAUUGAAGCUAUUAAUGAGCUGCUAAUAGAGCUAGAGGGCACCACUGACAACAUCGCUAUGCAGGCGCUGGAGCACAUCCACUCCAAUGAGGUGAUCAUGACCAUUGGCUACUCACGCACCGUUGAGGCUUUCCUGAAGGAAGCUGCCCGCAAGCGGAAGUUCCAGGUCAUCGUGGCGGAGUGUGCACCGUUCUGCCAGGGUCAUGAAAUGGCUGUCCGACUAUCAAAAGAGAAUAUUGAAACUACUGUGAUGAGUGAUGCAGCUAUUUUCGCUGUCAUGUCUCGAGUCAACAAGGUCAUCAUUGGUACGAAGACAAUCCUGGCCAACGGUGCCCUGAUUGCUGUGAGUGGGACUCACACCCUGGCGCUGGCAGCUAAACACCACUCCACUCCGCUCAUCGUGUGCGCGCCCAUGUUCAAGCUGUCCCCGCAGUUCCCUAAUGAAGAAGACUCAUUCCACAAGUUUGUGUCACCACAGGAAGUGCUGCCAUUCACAGAAGGGGAGAUCCUGGCAAAGAUCAAUGUUCACUGCCCAGUGUUUGACUACGUCCCUCCAGAGCUCAUUACUCUCUUCAUUUCUAACAUUGGGGGUAAUGCACCUUCCUACAUCUACCGCCUCAUGAGUGAGCUCUACCAUCCAGAUGACUACGAACUGUAAUGCCAUGAAUUACGUCACUCUCUGGACCUUUCCUGUCUGUCUCGUUAGAAAGGUACCGCAGCUACUUAAAGUGUACAUUGCAAAGACAGGUUACUGUCUUUGCGGCGGGGAAUUUGCUCCACGAUGUCCUUUCCACCCAAAAGCAACAGAGAAGGCAGAGCUCUUGAGCAGGUAUUGAUCUGCAUUGUGCUACCAGCCGUGUGGAGCUGCUAACCCACUCUGAUUCUGAAACAGAAAGGCAUGCAUGGAACUCUCUGGGGCAGCUAAGUUGUUACUUCAAAGGGUGCUGCAAUAAAGGCUGUUUACAGUGAUCUCA